GCCCGGGGCUGGCCGGGCCCGGGGCGGGGCCGGAGCCUCCGCUGACCCCGGGCUUGGCUUUUGUCGCGUCCCCGUGGCUGCGGCGGCGACAGGGAAGCCACGUCUGGCCGGGGCCGGCACCGCCCGCGGCUGCUCCCAGCAACGCCUCAGGAAGUGAGAGCGGCUCGGGCCGGGCCGGCCGCGGCUGCCAGCGGGGCUGGGCUGGGCCCGCUCCGUUCCCGGGGCCCGCUCCGUUCCCGGGGCCCGCUCCGUUCCCGGGGCCCGCUCCAUUCCCGGGGCUGCUCCGUUCCCGGGCCCGCUCCAUUCCCGGGGCCCGCUCCAUUCCCGGGCCCGCUCCAUUCCCGGGGCCGCUCCAUUCCCGGGGCCGCUCCGUUCCCCGAUCCCGCGUCACUGCCAUGGGCCCGGCCAGGCUCCCGGCCCCCCGCGGGCUCGGCUGCUUUGUGCUGGUGCUGCUGCUGCUCCUGGGCGGCUCGGGCAGCCCCGGGACAACGCCACCGCCCCGGGCGCCCUGGGCAGAGGAGCAGGGAGCCGUCCCGGAGGGGGCACCGUGGGGCAGGCUGAGGUACGAAGCCGUGAAGAAGCAUUUGGGAGCUCUCUCCAAGCACUACUGGCAGUACCUAGCGUGCAAGGUGUGGCAGGAGAGCUGCGAGGAGGAGGAGAAGCAGCAAGGAGAACGAGAGGCCAGUCCCAUCCCAGGCUGGAGCUUUCCUCUGGUGGGCCAGGAUUACCUGGAGAUCCUCUCUGCCUGGUACUGCAGCUUCGGCAAGUGCUGUGAGACAGGAGACUGCAGGAUAAUCAACAACAUCACAGGGCUGGAGGCAGAGCUCAAUGGGCAGCUGCACGGGCAGCACCUGGCCAAGGAUGUGGUGCUGCAGGCAGUGCAGGGGUUCCUGCAGAGCCCACGGCCCCCCAAGGCUCUGGUCCUGUCCUUCCAUGGCUGGUCUGGCACGGGGAAGAACUUUGUGGCUCGGAUGGUGGCCACUCACCUGUACCGGGACGGGCUGAGGAGUGACUGUGUCAGGGUGUUCGUGUCCCUGCUCCACUUCCCACACCACAACUACGUGGACUCCUACAAGGCCCAGCUGCAGAGGCAGAUCAGCGAGACCCUGCAGCGCUGCAGGCAGGCCCUGCUCAUCUUCGACGAGGCCGAGAAGCUGCACUCCAACCUCCUGGAUGCCAUCACACCCUUCAUGGCUCAGCACACCAACAAGGACCAGGCAGAUCAGCAGAGAUCCAUCUUCCUCUUCCUCAGCAAUCUUGGUGGCAACACCAUCAAUGAGGUGGCCCUGGAGUUCUGGCGAGCCGGCCGGGCACGGGAGGAGAUCCCCUUGGAGCUGCUGGAGCAGCGGCUGCGGCUGGAGCUGCAGGAGGCUGCAGAGAACAGCUAUGCCCACAGCCAGCUCCUCAGGGAGAACCUGAUUGAUUUCGUGGUGCCGUUCCUGCCCCUGGAGUACCAGCACGUGAGGCUCUGUGCACGGGACGCCUUCCUGGCCCGGGGCCUUCCCUACACCGAGGCAACGCUCGACCAGGUGGCCCAGAUGAUGGUGUUUGUCCCCAAAGAGGAGAAGCUUUUCUCUGCACAGGGCUGCAAAUCCGUGCCCCAGCGCAUCAAUUACUUCCUUCCUUGAACACCAGGGGGACCUGACCUGCUGAGGUUCUUGUGCUGAAGGUGGUUCUGCACUCCGGGAGCUGCUCUCUUUGCACAGGGUCAGAGGCAGAUGACCCAGCCAGGCACUUGCACAGGGACUUAACAGAGACUUAAGUCCCCCAGAGCUGUUGCAGGGAAGGAGGUGCAUCCCUUACUCCUGGGAUGUGGGGACAGCCUGUGCUUGGCUGUCUGGAGCCUGUCUGGUGUUCUAAGUCCCUUCUUUUAGCUGGAGGGAUGAUAUGGUUCUGCUGACAGAUGCUGUUACAUGUGACUGGGGACUGGGAAUGUCCAAGUCCUUGGUUUGUUGCUGCAUGGUGAAGGGAGGCCUUGGACAGGCUGGUCCUGUUGAGACAGUGUGGCCCAAGCCACAUCCCUGUCCCCAGUUUUCUCUGUCAUUUUACAACAUCACACAGAACUGCUUUAGUGGAGAAGAGUUUUUCCCUUCUGUUGCUGUCAUGCCUUUCUAAGGUGUUUGCUGCUCAGGGACACAUGUGCCAGGAUUGUAGUGCGUGCAGGGAAAAAAGGACUGAAUAAUCUCCUCUGGAGAUGCCAAAUCCAUAGCUCUCACCUUGGAGUGUCCACCUCUCACUGGAGUCUUCCGUUGUAUGGAAGCAGCUGCCGGGGGGAGGGGAACUUCUGCUGCAAUUAUUUUACUGAGCAGGUUGGUGAAGAGCCCAUUUCCUUCACUGCAGAACCAAAAAGGGGAGAGAACUCCUCUGCCCAAGGACAAAGGGAAGGUGAGGAGGAUGGUGGCUGAAGCAUCAGGCUGCAGCUGAAUGUGAGUUUUCAUGGAUGCAGUAAAAGCUUGGAUUUUUGCCUUCAUUUUUUCGUUUUUGUCUUCAGUACAUUUCAUGAUGUGGCUUUUUGGCUGACAUCAGCAUUAUUAUUAUUAUUAUUACUACUACUACUACAAGGGGCUGUUUGCUGUCUGGCCAGGUGAUAAGUGUGUUGCAGCAGCUCCAAAACAUUUCAUCAGUGUUACGGGAAUCGCUCUGUGACCUCUGGGUCAAAACUCCCUUCCAACAGGGCUGUGCUGGCCAGGAGUGACACAGCCCCUGCCAAGGACAGGGCUUGGCUUCCCAGCCACCCCCACAGGGGACCUUUGGUCUGUUUUAAGCUCUGACCGAUUUUGUGGUGCCAGUGAUGAGCAGUGUGACCUCUGGGGAAGACUGACCAGACAGACACCUCCGGGCCCUGCAGCCUCUGAGUCCCUGCUUCCCUCCAGGCCCUGUUAUCUGAGGAGGUGUCACAGCCCCAGGCAGAGAUGAGGCAGCUGCUCUCCCACUGCUCAGCCAGUGCAGCUGCCUUAACCCAGCUGUGUGGAACAGACUUUGGGGCUGUGCCAGUGGGGGUGAUCAGGCAUUUCUGAGACUUGGUUUAUGGUUAAUCUCAGGUGUCAGAAACCUGGGAACCAUUGGGGUGAUGCCUCCAGCUGGGGCAGGGAGGCUGCUGCCUCACAGGACACAGCUCAGCUUGUGUUUGGUCACCUGGGCAGGAGGUUUAGCAAGCUGUGUGCCGAAGGUUAGUGGCCUAAAGGUUGUGUGUGCAAGCCAGGAUAACCCAGGAUUUUUCCUGAAUGUCAACAAGUGUUCAGCUGGGUUAGGCUGCCCCAGGCUGGGGUGGCAGGAGGUCACUGGGGGACUGGUUUGAGGUGGGCAGGGAGCAGCUCUGGCUGCUGAGGGAGGUGGGGGUGACAUUGACAAGGGCGAGGCCAGAGCUGCGCUCUGCUGGGGCACCAGUGUGCGUGUCACACCUGGGUGAGCUCUGCUCAGCCCCACCACAGCAACAGCUGCUCUCUGACCACGCCAGGGCAACAGUUUGGUUCUAAAUAGA